AUGUCCACAAUCCUAGGCGUCACCGUUCUCGCUUUUAUAAAUUCAUAUAUGGUCCUCGUUUUCUUCAAGACUAUCUUCCUCGUGCUGAUCAUAGGUGUUUUCCACGCGUUAGUUCUACUGCCAAUAGUUCUGGCCAUCACAACACCGUAUAUAGAACGAUUCAACGCUUGCCUAGAGCGACGUUCAGAACUCAAAAAAGCGAAAACUGUUGCAUCAAAAGGCAGUGUGUAUGCUAUCACGUUACCAGUGAAUGUAUCUUGA